UCGCAAUCACUCCGACCAUACCUGCAGUGCGUGCGGUCGUCGUUGACGGCCGCCAUGUCGCUGUCCAACUUCGCAUCCCAAGCAUCCGAACGCCAUAAUGUCCCCGAGAUCGAAGCCCAAACCUCGCCCGAAGUCCUCUUGAACCCCCUGACAGUCUCGCGCAACGAGAACGAGCGUGUCUUCAUCGAGCCCAGCGUCAACAGCAUCCGUGUCAGCAUCAGGAUCAAGCAGGCAGACGAGAUCGAACACAUUCUGGUCCACAAGUUCACUCGCUUCUUGACACAGCGUGCCGAAUCCUUCUUCAUUCUCAGAAGAAAGCCCGUCAAGGAGAUGCUCAAGCACAAGCUUGUCGACUUUAUCAUCCAGUUCAUGGAAGAGGUUGACAAGGAGAUUUCCGAAAUGAAGCUUUUCGUACGCCGUCCUUCCUACCCUGUGCUGCCUGAUCUUGACUUACAUAUUCCANNGUUGAACGCCAGAGCAAGAUUCGUCGCCGAAUCCUUCUUGACUCCUCUGCACCUCGCUUUGUGCUACUCCAAGGUCUUUGUAUCUGGUCUUGGCGACGCAUUACAUAGAAGAUUCCCAAAGAUACCAAUCCGACCCGAAACGAUUAUGACCACGCCUUUCUCUUGGACGGAUCUGAACCCCCUAUCGCUCAGAAAGGACGACCAUUACUGUCUCAUGUCUCAUCUGAGACUGCCAUCCCUGCGAGAGGCCGACUACUUCGUUAUUGGAACAAGGUAUCUUUCUUAUUUGUGCGUCAUCGAUGAAGAGACGGCGACGGUUCACUUUGGUGGCUGGAAAGAUAUGGAAUCUGCCAGACUGGCAGCGGCAUAUCAGAGUAGCCAUGUCGUCGUCACUUGCUCGGCGUCUAAACACCACUCAAUGUCAACAACAUUGGAGGAUCGACCACGCGCUCUUCACCAGCGCAGCCACACCUCUACGUACAUUGAGAAGCUGGUAAAGGCCACUUGGGUCCGUCAUCAGCGUCAAAAGUCCUCCUUCAUGUUCCCCCUACCUCGCCGCGCUGGCGACCCCGUCGUCGCCGAGAGUUCGUGGUCGACCAGGGGCCGCCGCAUCGGUGGCACACAGUGCAUUGCGUGUGACACCAAUCCCAGUCACAUCUUGGUUCCUUGCAAACACACCGUCUGCUACGAUCACUUCUUACAGCACCCUGAGGACCUUCCUGUCAGCUGCGCACUGUGUCUCAAACCUGUCACCACUACACUCGAGAUUGAGGAUUCCUCCGAGAUCGCCUAUCCCACCAUCGACGAUCUGGCCGCUUGGACCCAAGGUCUAAGACUGUCUCCCACCAGCACCGCCAAUAGCAUCUGGGGCAGUCCAUCGUCGGCCCAGUCGUCCUCCAGAUCCCUCGACGCAAGCAUCGCGAACAUGCGUCGCUCUGAUGCUCAGCGCGCCUCCCCUCCUCCUCUCGCUGGAAACGAGGCCCAGCUUGGAGUCACUAACCGUGGAGUGAUCAACCCCACUCACAACCACACCUUGAGCACUCACUCGCAGGCUCCGUCCGGUCACGUCCAGGACGCCGAGGCUCAGAACGUUCAGUCUCAGCCGUCGAAGCACACUCGCUUCCCCUCUUUCAAUCCUGGCAGACCCGCAGUUGCCAACUUCCCCGAGUACGUCGCUGCUGGUCACGGCCAGAACGCCCACGAGCAGAAGCAGCCUUCCGGCGACCAGAGUCUGCAGCGCCCAUCUGGCAAUGGACAUGCUGAGUCGCUCAUGUAUGCUCCACAGCCCAGCGUCUUCAAGCCAUCGCACGCAUUCCGCGAGCUUGCCACCCCAACCCCUAAGACCAGCAACCCCGAGACUGCUCCAGUCCAGCAGCAGUUUACCGGCCAUGUUGGUCAGAUGCAGCAGAGUUUCGGCCCUGUCCAGCCUCCUGUCAACAUACAGCAGGCUCCGGAUCCUAUUCAGCGCCCCGAUCCUGCCAACAUGGACCCUAGUCUGGUGUCGCCUGUCAGCAUGAAUCGUCCUUCGCUUGUGCCCACCAUGCCUGCUGCUAUGAUGCGCAACAUGAGCCUCAACGCCGGUCCGCGAGGACAUGAAGCCGCUCCUCCCAUCCGUGGCCCCAUGCCUCCCAGCUUCAACAACAUGCCCACCACCUUCACUGGUAGUGGCCACCCCACCAACGGUGCUCAGGUGAACGGCUUCAACAUGAACGCCCCUCACCCAUAUGACCCUCGCAUGAAUGGCCUCCACAUGAACGGUUCCAACAUGAACGCUCCUUUCAUGAACCGUUCUCACAUGAUGGCUCCUCAGAUGGGUCCUCAGAUGACCCCUUCUUACAUGCAGAACACUCAGACGUACCACCCUCAAAUGGGCCGUCCUUCCAUGUCUGCCGGUCAACAGAUGAACCCUCACCAGAUGUACACCAGCAUGUCAGCCAACAUCAACCAUGGUGUGCCUGCUCAGGCUGACCCGUUCGUUGACCAUCAACCUCCUGUGUACGGCAAUGGUCCUUUCAUGGCUGACCCGAACAACCACCAGCCCUUUGCCACCGCCCCUCAGUCUGCCCUUGCCGCUCCUAUGGGUAACCCUAUCAGCAACGCCGGUCCUGCCUACACUUGGGGUCAGGCUGGUCAGCAGACCAACAACACGGUCAAGGUUGCCCAUCAGCCUCAGGCCAACCCUAUCCAGCAGCCUCAGACAAACGCUGCUCGCAUGGCCGAGGCCAUCAGAUCUGGCACCCUUCAUCAGUACGACAGCAGAUCGCCACCUCAUGGUCGCGGAUAUGCCUCUCCUGGUGCUGAGAGAGCUGGUAACGAGCUUGUCGUCCAGCAGCCUGUCGUUCGCAGCCAGGCCGUCAUGGCUCCUGAAGUGCGCCCUGAUCCUGGCUGGGUCGAUCCCGAGGCCCGUGCUCUCCCUAACCUCGAUGAGGUGUAUGAACACAUGCCCUUUGUUGACACCGCCGCCGAGUCACGCCCCAGCACCAACGGUGUGAUCAAGAUUGGCAACAUCCCCUAUGGCACCACCAAGAACGAAGUCAUCGCUGCUUUGGGUCGCAGCACUCGCAUUGCCUCCCAGCCUAAGGGCACUCCUUAUGUGGCCAUUCACAUCAUCAUGGAACGUUCGACUGGCAAGACCAUGGAUGUCUAUGUGGAGUUGGACACUGCUGAAGAGGCCAAGGCCGCCAUUUCCAACUUCCAGCAGCGCUGCAUGAACAACCGUCACCCUCGCAUCGGUGAUCGCCACGUUGAGAUCGAGCUGAGCAGCCAGGAGGCUCUCAUGAAGGAGUUGUUUCCUCGCGCCAAGUGCGUCAAAUGGGACGGCCAUGUUCCCGUCAUCUACGCCAGUACCGAGGCUUACAACUCGGGCUUCCAGGGCUUCGUCACCAGUGAGGAGAUGGUCAUGAUCACCAAGCACGCCGAGACUCCUCAGCGCUCGCCCUUUGCUCAGCGCUGUGUCAACCGCACUUAUGAGACCAUGAUUUCCAUCAUGCACAAGUAUCCAUGGCAUGCCACCGAGCACAUCACUCUCCGCGAGCGUACUUUCAUCUUCUCGUGUGCUAUGGUCCAGCUGCGCGUUCUCAUGAACGCCGUCACUCGCAACACUCACCCUCAGUUCCUGCACCGCGGUUUGCUCCAGGAAUACCUCACCGCUUGUCUUGGUAAUCCCGGCUUCAGCGUCCAGCAGAAGACUUACAUGGUCACCUGCGCCCAUAACGAAGGCUACGGCACUCUCCUCGGCAUGAUUCCUUUCACCCCCGUCGACCAGAUGACCGGCAGCUGGUGGGCCUUUGAGGCUCUAUCCAAGAACCCCAAGUCUUCGGACUCGCUGCUAGCCUACAUCAUCGCUCUUCUGUGCUCGGCCACAAACCCCGAGGGCGCUUUUGUCCGCACCGCCAGCACUGACCCUGACUCCUGCCUUGAUUACAUAGAUGACGACAAGGGCGACGAGUCUACCUUUGGUUACUUUGGCGUCAAGUACAAGGUCAAGAGAAAGAGUGAGAUGCAUUCGCUCAAGGAGGCUGCUGAGGCUGAGUGGCAUGCUCUGUAUGAGGCUCUCAGUCGUGUUCUGCCUGCUAAUCAUGCUCUCACUUUUGGCGAUAUCCACCAGGGUGAUCGUCAGCAGAGUGCUGUUGCCGGUGCUGAGCAGGACAACACUGCCUAUGAGGGUGGUCAGGUUCUUGCUCUUCCUGGCCUUGAGCAGCGUGAAGAUGCUUUGGUUGGUUAA